AACACAAGUCCUCCUCCUGGACACCACCCCCAGGCCUCCUACCCUCCCUCGACCUCUUCAUCUCCAACUGCCGUCGAGACAUUAACCGCCUCAACCUCUCCACCCCUCUCACCCACUCCAACCUCUCCCCCGCAGAAUGGGCAGCCCUCCACUCCAACCCCAACUUCACCAUCAAACCCGCAGUCAAGGGUGGCGCAGUGGUAGUAUGGCGCACUGACCUCUACAUCGCCGAGGCCAGACGCCAACUCUCCGACACCACCUCCUACCGCCCCCUCGAUCAUGACCCCACACCCGAGCACCAAACCAUCAUCUCCAACACCAUUCACGACCUCAUCACCUCAGGGGACCUCCCACCCACAGCCUCCAACCUCAUUGUUCCCCAACCCCGCACGGCCCGUUUCUGUCUCCUUCCCAAAAUCCAUAAACCUUGCCUGUCCUGGUCGACCCAUCGUCUCAGCCUGCUCCUGCCCCACCGAACUAAAAACCUCUCUGAUGAAGGGUCUAGGCCCGAAACGUCAGCUUUUGUGCUCCUGAGAUGCUGCUUGCCCUGCUGUGUUCAUCCAGCCUCACAUUUUAAUGUCUUAGGCCGUUUAGUUUUGCGGUUUUGAUCCUCUCUAAGCUUCAGGGCUUCGAGUUUAGGAACAAAACGUCCUGAAAACCUGGUUAUUGGGACAAGUAUUUUAGAAUGUUCGCUUUAUUUUCUCUCCAUUCGAUUCUUUUGUUAGAACAGUUUUAGUUUAUGACAGCAAUGGUGAUUGCAUAUCCCAUAAUGCUGAGCGCUCGCGACAGCGCAUUAUCACGCGCUUUUGUAGAGACGCAGAGUACGCAUGCCUCCAGGCUGGGCGCAGAGCAUUCUGGGCAGUUUCUUUGUUGGUUGUUGGACUCGGUGGAGGCGGCGGCGAGGAUAAACGGAGGAUCCAAACAUGGACAAAACCAGCUGACUUCCGGAGGAUUUUUGAAAGGAAGACUUUGAAGAAACGAGUCUAAACCAAGCAUUAUGUCAAAAUCUGACUGAUUCACUCAGUGAAACAGUGACUGGGUAUCAAUGAACAUUUGAUAUUUAAGAAGAAAUGUUUUAACUGAUUGCAAAGUCUGAAGAAAUGUCGCACCAUUUGCAGUGGGAGAAACUUGUGGAGGAGGUGAAUUGGUCAUCCAACCUGGAGAGACACACGAACACUACCGCGGAGAAACCGUGGAAAUGUGGCGAUUGUGGGAAAGGAUUCAGUUCCCCAUCAAAGCUGGAAAUUCAUCAACGCAGCCACACUGGAGAGAGACCAUUUACCUGCUCUGUGUGUGGGAAGGGAUUCACUCAUUCAUCCAACCUUCUGAGACACAAGCAACUUCACAAAGAGCAAAGUUCACUCAUCUGCUCUAUAUGUGGGAAGGCCAUUAGUCAGUCGUCAAACUUUUUGAGGCAUCAGCAAACUCACAGUGGAGAGAGGCCAUUCACAUGCUCUGUGUGUGGGAAGGGAUUUACUCAGUCAUCCUACCUGCUGAAACACCAGCAAAUUCACACUAGGGAGAGUCCAUUCUCCUGUACUGUGUGUGGGGAAGGAUUUAACCGACUAUCCAGACUUUUGAAACACCAGCGCACUCACACUGGGGAGAGUGCAUUCACCUGCUUUAUCUGUGGGAAAGGAUUUAAUCGACCAUCCAAACUACUGACACAUCACCGCAUUCACACUGGGGAGAGGCCAUUCUCAUGUACGUUGUGUGGGAAAGGAUUUACAAAUUCAUCUGACCUACUGAUUCAUCAGCGAGUUCACACUGGGGAGAGGCCAUUCAUCUGUUCCAUAUGUGGAAAGGGAUUUACUCGGUCAUCUCACCUUCUGACACAUCAACUUGUUCACACUGAUCAGAGGCCUUUUCAAUGCUCUGACUGUGAAAAGACCUUUAAAUGUAAAAAGGAUCUGCUGAUACACCAGCGAGUUCACACUGGAGAAAAGCCAUACAUCUGCUCUAUUUGUGGGAAAGGUUUCACACAGUCAUCCUCCUGCCUGACACACCAGCGAACUCACAAUGGGGAGAAACCAUACACAUGUUCUUUGUGUGGACGAGGUUUCAGCCGAUCAUCAGGCCUGUCGAGACACAAGCGCAGCCAUGAUGGGGUGAAACCAUGGAAAUGUGGGGACUGUGGGGAGGGAUUUAGUUAUCCAUCUGAGCUGAAAACCCAUCUCCGUCGGCACACUGGGGAAAGGCCAUUCACCUGCUCUGAGUGUGGGAAGGGAUUCACUGAUUCAUCCACUCUGCUGAGACACCAGCAAGUUCACACUGGAGAGAAGCCUUUUAAAUGUCAAGACUGUACAAAGUGCUAUAAGAAUUCCUGGGAACUCCGACGCCAUCAGCGACUUCACACAGAUGAAAGACCUUUUCAAUGCUCAGACUGUGUAAAGAGCUUUAAAAGUUCUGGGGAACUGAUGCGCCAUCAGCAUGUUCACACUGAUGAGAGACCAUUCAGGUGCUCUCACUGUGGAAAUGGGUUCAAGCGCCCAUCUAACCUCACGAUACACCAGUGCACUCACACUGGAGAGAGACCAUUCACAUGCUCCAAGUGUGGCAAAAGAUUCACUCAGUUAUCCAGCCUGCUGAGACACCAGCGGGUUCACACUGGGGAGAGACCAUUCGCCUGCUCCAAAUGUGGUAAGAAAUUUACUUGGUCUUCUGAUCUGUCAAAACACCAGCGAGUUCACACUGGGGAGAGACCAUUCACCUGCUCUGUGUGUGGAAAGGGAUUCACUCAAUCAUCCAGCCUGCUGACACACCAACGAUUUCACAGUGGAGAGAGGCCAUACACCUGUUCUGAGUGUGGGAAGGGAUUCACUCAGUCAUCCCAUCUGUUGAUUCACCAGCGGUUUCAUAGUGGAGAGAGGCCAUACACCUGUUCUGAGUGUGGGAAGGGAUUCACUCAGUCAUCUACCUUGCUGAUCCACCAGCAGGUUCACAGUGGAGAGAGGCCAUUCAGCUGCCCUCGAUGUGAGAAGCGAUUCACACGGUCGUCCCACCUACUGAGACACCAGCGAGUUCACAAGUAACUGUGGAUUAGAUUUUGCUGUUAAUCUUAUUGGGGAGUGAACCAUAUUCAUUCCCAUCUGAUUCUGCUAAUGGGAAUAAUCUGUAGCCUUAUUAUGAGUGUUGAAUGUUCUGGAUUGUAGUGAAAUAAACCAGUUCUGUGUUAAUUACAAUGUUUAAGUUUUUUUUAAUCAUUCGUGGGAGGUGGGUGUUGCUGAUUAGACCCGCAUUAAUUGCCCAUUCCUGGAUGCUCUUGAGAAGGUGCUUUAAACUACUGGAGUCCAUUUGCUUUUAGGGAAGGAGUUAAGAUUUUCACCAAGCAACAGUGAAGAAAUGGCACUAUAUUUUCAAGUCUGGUGUGUGGCUUGGAGCAUAACUUGCCAAAUGAUGGUGUUCUUAUGUAUCUGCUGCACUGGUCCUUCUAGUUGGUAAUUGUCUUGUGUUUGGAAGGUGAAUUUCUUCAGUGCAUUUUGUAUACUGUACACAAUGCUCCUAUUAAGGGUGGUGGAAUUGAAUAUUUGUGUACAUAAUGGCAGACAAGUGGGCUUCUCUGUCUUGGUUGGUGUCAAGCUUAUGAGUGUUGUUGGAGCUGCACUCCAUCAGGAUAUUGGGGAAUAUUCCAUUGCAGAUGACAGGCAGGCUUUGUGGUGUUGUGGUAGCCUCAACUCUUGUCAAGUUUAUUCUGUAUCCUUUGCGUCAUAGAGCUGUACAGCAUAGAAACAGACCCUUCAGUCCAACCUGUCCAUGUGAUCAGGUAUCCUAAAUUAAUCUAGUUGUGGAAGGCUUCAGUUGUUUUUGGCCUUUAUGGUGUAGAAGGUUCAUCCCAAGUAGUCUGCUGAUUUAAUUGUACUGUGAAGAUAGGAAUUUCUAUUUAACCUUGUCAUCUAACUAACAUAGAAUAUGGUGCUGUAUAUCACGUAAUCAUAAAUCAGCAUCCUGCUUCUGACAUGAUGGAGGGAGGUCAUUAAUGAAGAUUGUUGGGCCUAGGAUACUACACUAGGAUACUGAGGAGUUCCAGCACAGGUGUCCUGGAGCUUUGAUAACUGACUUCCAACUAUCACAAUCAUCGUUCUUUGUGCUCGGUCCAACCAGUGAAGAGUUUUCCCAAUGAUUCCCAUUGACUCCAGUUUGCUUGAACUCCAUGAUGUCAAGGAUGAUCACUCCAAACGCAUCUCUGGAAUACAGCCCUUUAUUCUGUGUUUGAAGAAAAACUUAAUGAGGUCAGUAGCUAAGUAGUCCUGGCAGAACGUAAAGUGAACAUCAGUGACUAGGUUAUUGCUCAUACCGUAUAUUUCAUUCUCCAUAAUGUUGGCUAUUUCUGCCCUAUCUCAGCUCAUCUGCUGAAAAAUUCAUUCAUGACCAUGUUACCUCCAGAUUUGAUUAUUCCAGUAGUUUUUAAGAAAGGUGGUAAGGAAAAGCCAGAGAACUAUAGACCGGUGAGUGUGACUUUGGUAGUGGACAAGUUGUUGGAGGGAAUCCUAAGGGACAGGAUUUAGUGUUUCAAAAGGCAAGGAUUGAUAAGGGAUAGUCCACAUGGCUUCGUGCGUAGGAAAUCCAGUCUGAUGAAGUUGAAUUUUUUUGAAGAAGCAACAAAGGAUUGAGAGCAGAGUGGUGGACGUGAUCUUUGUGGACUUCAGAAAGACAUAUGACAAGGUUCUUCAUGAUAGACUGGUUAGCAAGGUUAGAUCACAUGGAAUAGAGGGAGAACCCAAUAUUUCAAUAUAGAACUGACUUGAAGGUAGAAGACAGGGAGUUGGUUUUCCGACUGGAAGCCUGUGACUAGCAGUAUGCUAUAAGGAUUGGUGCUGGGUCCACUGCUUUUAGUGUCAGAGUACAACAGCAUGAAACAGGCUUUUUUGUCCAAACUGGCCCAUGUCAG